GAAUUAAGAGGUGAAUCUCUACUGGUAAAAGCUGGUGAAUUCAUUAGAUCCUUUAGGGCAUUGCAUCUAAUCAACAUAGGCCAGGAAGGCUCAAGUCUCUCUUCGCCAAUCCCCUUCCGUUGAGAAAUCGUCUUUCAGCACAAUUAGUGCUGCUCUAAGAUUCUCUGCAGGUACUCCCAGGCAACCGUCAAAAUUUCAUUCCUUGAGGACCUUGAAGCUGCUGAGGAAGAAAUCAUGGGAGCAGGAGCCAGUGCUGAGGACAAAAAGUCCAAGGAGUUGGAAAAACAACUCCAAGAGGAUGCUGAUAAGGAAUCUAAAACUGUCAAAUUAUUACUUCUUGGUGCUGGUGAGUCGGGAAAAAGCACCAUUGUAAAACAAAUGAAGAUUCUUCAUCAAGGAGGUUACACAAAAGAGGAGCAGAUGGAGUUUAGAGCAAUCAUCUACGGCAACAUCCUGCAGUCUGCUCUGGCUAUCAUCAGAGGCAUGGAGAUGCUCGGCAUAGACUUCGGUUCUGGCUCUGGACAGGAGGAUGCUCAGAAGCUGCAGAACUUGUCAGACUCCAUUGAAGAAGGCACAAUGCCUCCUGAGCUGGGUGAUGUGAUUAUAAAGCUUUGGAAAGACUCUGGUGUGCAGGCCGCCUUUGAGAGAGCUGCUGAGUACCAACUCAACGAUUCUGCUGGAUACUAUCUAAGUGAAAUGGAUAGAAUCUGCAAGCCAGACUACAUGCCCACUGAGCAGGAUGUGCUGCGGUCUCGAGUCAAAACCACCGGUAUCAUUGAAGAACAGUUCUCCUGCAAAGAGUUGCACUUCAGGAUGUUCGAUGUGGGUGGCCAGAGGUCAGAGAGAAAGAAGUGGAUCCAUUGUUUCGAGGGUGUGACCUGCAUCAUCUUCUGCGGGGCUCUCAGUGCCUACGACAUGGUGCUGGUUGAAGACGACGAAGUGAACCGCAUGCACGAGUCCCUCCAUCUAUUCAACAGCAUCUGCAACCACAGAUUCUUUGCACUGACGUCAAUCGUGCUUUUCCUCAACAAAAAGGAUCUCUUUGAAGAAAAGAUCAAGAAAGUGCAUCUGAGUAUCUGCUUCCCAGACUAUGAUGGCCCCAACACGUAUGAAGAUGCCAGCAACUACAUCAAGGCGCAGUUUGAGGACCUGAACAUGAAGAAGGGCCAGAAAGAAAUCUACUCCCACUUGACCUGUGCCACAGACACAAAGAACGUCGAGAUCGUGUUCAACGCUGUGACAGACAUCAUCAUCAAAGAAAACCUUAAAGACUGCGGUCUUUUCUAAGCAGCUCCAGAGUGAAGCGAGAACAUCCUUUCCAACCUUAACCUCCCAAUACUGGCUUUAACUAAGAUGUGUACUGAUGGAGCACAGAGGAAACUCAGACUGUUGUGUUUGUGACGUCCACCCGCCGAGUUCUGGUCCUUGAAUGCUCCUGCACUUCACAGUCUCCAAUAGUUCAUCCUUGGCUACAAAGACAUCAUGGCAACAUUGUGGCAUCUUUCUUCAAGAUACAGCAUUGGUCUCACACCUAAAAGUCUGACUGUAUCAAGAUGAAGUAGGCUUCUACUCAACUCUGAAUGCCAAGCUCUGUACAAUAAAUCAAGCAAUUUGGAAAAAAUAUAAAUAUUUUGAAUAGAGAAAUUGAAACUUUAUUAUUUUUUCGAGAACAGUAGUCUAUGUGGUCAUGAUAACGAAGCUGGGAACAGUUGCUGAGCAAAUAUCUGAGAUAUCCCCAGUUCUUGCAGUGUAUCCAGAUUACAAACCAAAUUGUGCAUGUAACUAACUAGUGGUAAUGUAAUUCAAUUCACAUAACAUUUUAAUGUGAUGAAUAAAGAAAUCACGUCAAACAUUGUAGAGAAACUUUGUACAUAAGAGUAGGAGACUCCUUUUACUUUGAAGGAUAUCGGUGAGAGGAAAACCCUAGAGAUUCGACACUUUAUUAUAAAAAGGGAAUGAAAACUGCUGUUCUUUCUUAUGACACGUAGAGGCAUGAAAUAAAAAAUGCAUUAACUUCA